CCUACACUGAGUCGUUUUUAUCGAAUGCGCAUUGUUUGUGGCAAUCUUCGUUACGACGAGUAUCGGUAUGGAGCGGUUCGUCUAGAACGGGCUUCCUGUCAGCGUAUGCCGCAUCUCGCCAUCCGUGCAUAACACCAAUAAGAUGCCGAACAUGUUUCCGGGGUUGCAUCAGUUGCUGCGAGAGAGGGAGCAAGGUGCCUUGGGGCGACGGGAUGCUGACAUCUUUCAGCGAUCUCUUCAUUUUCCUGCUCACUAUGCCGGCAAGCUGAAGGUCGAGCACACCUACCAGGGUCACAGUGGUUGCGUUAACCGACUCGCGUGGAACGCCGAUGGCUCCCUGCUUGUCUCCGGAUCCGACGAUCGCCGGGCCAUCAUCUGGCACUACCCCGACGUCUCCCGCACCCCCCUGGCGCUCUCCACGGAGCACCGCGCCAACAUCUUCGGCUGCUGCUUCCUGCCCUGCAGCGGAGACAUGCGGCUGGUGACGGGCGCCAUGGACGACACAGUGCAGCUGCAUGAGCUGGAUGCGGCGCCGGCAGCGCAGCAGGGUUGGGUCUCAGGGGCCGGCAGGCAGUCCACCGCUGCUGCUGCCGGCGGCGGUCCCGCCCUGCGGCGCCGUGUGGGUUCCGCCUCCUCCCACCUGCAGCUGGUCACCCCCCGCACCCGCGUGUUCUACUCGCACAAGGACCGGGUCAAGGAUGUCAAGGUGGAACCGCUCAACCCGCACGCCUUCUGGUCGGCUGGCGAGGACGGGGUGGUUCGGCAGUACGACACGCGGGCGCCCAACCAAGACAAGUGGGAGAGCCCCACGGUGCUGGUGCAGUUGCGAGACGGUCACAAGACCAUCCAAGCCAAGAGCAUUGACAUCUGCAAGUCCCAGCCCCAUCUGCUAGCAGUAGCCGGCAGCGACCCCUUCAUCCGCCUCUACGACCGACGCAAGCUGGACUGCCACUGCUGGCGCCGCCGCGGCACCACCCCGCCCUUGCUGGCCCUGGCGCCGCCGCACCUGCCGCUGGCGGCGCAGGCGCGGCACGGGCGGGCGCACUCCACCUACGUGGCCUUUUCGAAUCGGGGAGAUAAGGUGGUAGCCACCUACCACGGCGACCACGCCUACAGCUUCGACGUCACCUCCGCAGGCAGCCUCACCGCCACCUUCCCGCAACCCUCCUCCCUGGCACCCACCGGUGCCGCCGCCUUCGGUCCCUCUUUUUGUUCUGCUACCGCUGCCACCACUGCUGCUGCUGCUGCACGCCCUUUGAACAGCACCCCCGCAGCCUCCUCCUCCUCCUCCGCCGCCGCCGCCGCCGCCCCUCCGCUGCCGCCGCGUGCCGAGGAGGCAAAGGCUCGCGGCACGUCUGCGGCCUCCGAGGGGCGGUGGAGUGAGGCGGUGGGCGCGUUCAGUGAUGCGCUGCACUGGGCGCCUGGGGCACCGCUGCUGUACGUGCUGAGAGCGGAGGCUCUGCUGAGUCGCGCCUGGGUGGGUGACGCCGCCCUGGCCCUCCGCGACUGCGACACCGCCCACCAGCUGCGGCCGGGCGGCUGCCGGCGAGCCGCCCUGCGCCGCAUCGCAGCGCUGCAGGCACUGCAGCAGUUCCGGUGCGCUCUGGCAGCAGUGGAGGACUACCGCCGCCGCUUCUUAGGCCGGGCUCGCAAAGAGGACGAAGACGAAGAGGACGAGGAAGACGAAGCAGGAGGCGGUGGCGGAUCCUGCGAGGAGGUGUGCCGGCUGGCCUCCCAGCUGCGGAGUGCCUCGGAUGAGCGGCGGAGGAUGUACGAGGCGCGGCGGCAGCAGCAGGAGCGGCGGAGGGCGCUGCGGGCGGAGGCCCUGGCUCGGGCGCCCCGACGAGUCGCCUCCACCCCGCCGCGCCCCCAGCGAGCAGCCGCGCCCCGAGGAGGAGGGGGCCCUGCUGCCGGCCCUGCCUCCACCUCUGGAGCUACUGCUGCUGGGGCCACUGCUGCUGGGGCCACCUCUGCCACCACCACUGUGCGGGAUGCCCUGGAAGCGCCCUCUGCCGGCUCCCCAGCGGGGCCGCAGCAGGCUGUUGGGGCUGCUGCUGCCCCCGCCACCGCCAGCCCCCCUCGGGCUGCUGCUGCUGCUGCUGCUGCUGCUGCUGGCGGUGCGGCUGCUGCUGAUAGCACUGCAGCGCCAGCAGCUGAGGCUCCCGCGGAGCGGAGGUCCCAAGAGGCUGCGACAGCGGCCGCCAGCGCUAGCCACCUGGAAGGCAGUCGGAGGGAGGGGACUGAGGAUGACUCCUCAGACGAGGUGUACGGACCACCACCACCACCACCGCCGCUACCUCCGCCGCAAGAGAAAGAAGGAGGAGGGGAACAGGGAGCUCCUCAGUCCCCCUCCUCCGCUGCUGGGGACGCCAUGCAGGUGGAUGCUGCAGCAGGCGCAGCAGCAGGCACGCACCAGCAACAACAACGACCAGGGCAGCAGGACGGCGGGUCAGCUGCCGUACCCGGGUCGGCGGCAGCGGACAGCGGCGGCAGGGAGGUGUCAGGUCCUCCUGAACCCGGGCAGGCGGCAGCGGCAGCGGGACCAAGAGCAGGAGCGGAGGCAGAUGCAGCGGCAGCGGCAGCGGCGGGGUCAGCAAACGGAGCAGAGGCAGCGGCAGCGGCAGCGGGGGCUGCUGCAGACUCGGAGCAGCCGCCGCGGCGCGUCGCCCGCUUCCGGUUGGAGCGCGUCUGGGAGGGGGGAGAGGACGAGGAGGAGGGGCGGCUGGUGGUGAUGCCCGGUGACGGGGAGGGCGAGGUGGAGGCGGAGGAGGAGGAGGCGGAGGAGGAGGCGGAGGAGGGAGGUGCGGGCGGCAGCGGCAGUGAUAGCGACCUGGAUUCGCUGCCGGGAGGAGAGGAGGAGCGGGAUCCGGAUGAGGAGCUGUUCCUACAGUACUACGCUAGGGUAUUCGGCUUGACGGAGGGCGAAGACGGCAGCGGUGCCAGCACCUCGGGCCGACCCACGGGUCACUGCAGGCAGAGCGGGACACCUGCGGGCCAUCCGCCGGGGGCAUGGGGCGGCAGCGAGGGCGGGCGGCGCAUGUUUCAGCGCUACGUGGGGCAAUGCAACGUGCAAACAGACAUCAAGGAGGUCACCUUCGUCGGCUCCGACGACCGGCUGGUGGCUGCCGGCAGCGACUGCGGGCGCGUGUUCCUGUACGACAGCGCCAGUGGGGAGGUGCUGCGGGCGCUGCCGGCAGAUGAGGACGUGGCCAACUGCGUGCAGUGCCACCCCUCGCUGCCCGUGCUCGCCACCAGCGGCAUCGAGGACGUCAUCCGGCUGUGGAGCCCCGCGGGGGAGGCGCUGCCGGGCGCUGCCGCCUCCCUGGAGCAGCGGCGGGAGGCGGAAGGGCUGGCGGGGCGCAACCAGGACCGCAUGCGGGAGGGGCCGUCGUCCAUUCGUGCCUCCGCGCUGCAGCAGGCGCUCCAGGAGAACCCGCAGCUCUGGCACCUGCUGAUGAGUCAGCUGUACGGCAGGG